AUGAAUUUAACUGCUUUUCCAUCCUAUGAUACAAGUGGUUUUUCUACAGCACUUCAAAGUGGAUAUAUUGCAUACAACAAAAAUGGAUCAACAAUGACAAUUAGUACUAGUCCACCAUAUGUGUUUAACUUAUAUUCAUUUAUUACUUCUUCUGCUUUUCGAAAUCAGUUAAGAUUAACAAUGAUUGGAGAACGUUCAUCGAAAAUAUGGUAUUCUGCAACAUAUCCAUUAUACACACAUUGGCCACAAUUAAUCAAACUAAACUAUUUGAAUAUUGAUAGAAUUACCUUUUCAAUUAUUGAUUCAUCAAAGUUUGCAAUCGAUAAUUUGUGUAUCUCGAUGUAA